UCCCGCCUACUCUCGGCGUCUAAGCAAAUGCCUUGUCACUAAACCUGAGGAAGAAGGAUGUAUUUGUUUUUAACGAUCAUACAAGCAGGAUGGAGAGCUCAGUCACCAAGGAUAUCUCCUAUGAGGAUCUAAAAGCGCUUCUGGGAAAGAGCCAGAAUCUCUUUCUGGUUGAUGUUCGCACUAAAGAGGAAGUGGAUAAAGGACAUAUUCCAGGAUCCGUUCACAUUCCACUUGAUACAGUAGCGGAUGCUUUUGCAAUGGUGCCAGAAGAAUUCAAGGCCAAGUACGGAGUAACCAAGCCACCACUGGACGCGCCAGAGCUGGUGUUUCACUGCCAGUUGGGCAGGCGAGGGGCAGUUGCCACAGGAAAAGCCUACGAACUUGGAUAUGUGAAUGCACGUAAUUAUGCUGGAGCAUACAAAGAGUGGUCUGCAAAGGAGGGAAAGUGAUUUGUUUUGAAGGAAAGCCUCAUAUAUAUUUAUACAAAUAGUAAUUGUGAAAUCAAACAAAAUAGUUGUAUGCUGCUUUGUUUUCAUACUCUACAACAUAGUGUGAAUAGAUACAAAUAAAAUAAAUUGUUAUCUACUCAGA